AAAAAAAUAUGUUAAUGAUGCAGCAAGAAUAACCCCUCUUUGUUUCUAGACCUGGCCCAUGAAAUAGAAUCUUAAGGCUUAAACCCUCACUGCUCCUCCGAAAUCCCAUCCACGAAGAUGAGCAUACCAAAGGCAGUGGCAGCGACGAUCCGGCUCACGGUGCCGGCCGGAGGGGCUCGGCCAGCUCCACCGGUUGGACCGGCGCUGGGACAGUACCGGCUGAACCUGAUGGCGUUCUGCAAGGACUUCAACGCGCGGACCCAGAAGUACAAGGCGGACACGCCCAUGGCCGUCACGAUAACGGCGUACAAGGACAACACCUUCGAGUUCGCCGUUAAGUCGCCGCCGGUGUCGUGGUACCUGAAGAAAGCCGCCGGCGUGGAAUCCGGCAGCAGCCGGCCCGGUCACGUGACCUCGUCCUCGGUGUCCGUGCGGCACGUGUACGAGAUCGCGAAGGCGAAACAGUCAGAUCCGUACCUCCAGAACAUGCCUCUCGAGUCCAUUUCAAAGUCCAUCAUUGGAACCGCCAACAGCAUGGGGAUCAAGAUCGUCAAGGACCUCGAUUGAAUCAAUCUUUAUAUGCAGUAUCAAUUGUUUUGUUGUGUUGUGGUUUUAGGAUUAGGGUUUCUCUUUUAAACCUCUUUUGAGUUUGAGCCUGCACAUAUGUUUUGUUAUUUUGGCUAAUGGAUGUUUUGAUUUGACAUAUCUUAUGAUAUGGAUAAAGUUGUUAACAAGAUCGGUCAUGUGCUUUAAUCCUUUGGCAGGAAAAUGUGUUAAAUUUUACUUUGGACUAUUUUAUCAGUGACAAUUAGGGGUCUGGGAUCUACAUAAACUCAGUUUUGUAUUC